AUGUGGUUAUUUGGGGACGAUCAGGGCUACGUUUUGUACCCCCAGAUUGGGGACCGUCUGGACCUCAUAUGCCCGGCAGCGGACCCUCCCGGCCCCCAUGGCCCGGCCGAGUACGAGUUCUACAAGCUAUACCUGGUGUCAUCGCGAGAGCAGGCAGACCGGUGCGAGGUGACCGGCUCGCCGAACCUGCUGCUGACCUGCGACAAACCCACCAGCGACACGCGUUUCACCAUCAAGUUCCAGGAGUAUUCACCCAACCUGUGGGGUCAUGAGUUUAAGACCAUGCAUGACUACUUCAUCAUCGCCACCUCAGACGGAACCCGCCAGGGGCUUGGAGAGCAUGAGGGGGGAGUGUGUGCCACGCAGGGCAUGAAGGUGGUCCUUAAAGUGGGGGCAGAGUUGCUGGGAGGCCCCUAUGGACUUCCACCGAAACCAGCCAAACCUGACGGACGCACCAACUCCAGGAACCCAGGAGGGAACGGCACGUAUCCCAGAGUUCCCGGCGGCGCCGGUGAGAACGGUCCACUCCCCGCGUCCAACAUCCCGCUGAUCGCCGGCGCGGCCGGUGGCUCCGCCUUCCUCCUGCUGGUCAGCGCCGUCAUCUGCGUGGUGUGCUACCGCCGGCGGCACGCCAAGCACUCCGAGUCGCACCACCCGCCCCUCUCCCUGUCGUCGCUGACCAGCCCCAAGCGCGGCGGCGGAGGGGUCGGCCUGGGGGGUCUGGGCAGCCUGGGGGGUCUCGGCGGGGGUGGGGGCGGCAGCGGCAACAACAACGGCUCGGAGCCCAGUGACAUCAUCAUCCCGCUGCGGACUUCCGACUCGGCGUACUGCCCGCACUACGAGAAGGUGAGCGGGGACUACGGCCACCCUGUCUACAUCGUCCAGGAGAUGCCGCCGCAGAGCCCUGCCAACAUCUACUACAAAGUGUGAGGGGGCGGAGGAAGAGGGGAACAACAGCAGAGAGAGAAAGAGAGAUGGAGAGACACAGAGAGACGAAGAGAGAGUGAGAGAGACGCCAGAUCAAAUGUAGACAACCCCUCCCACCCCCCCCACCCCCCUUAGACGAAGU